CAUCAGCGAUCACAGGGGGUGGGGUCACUGGCGUCAGUGUUUAGGAAAUUUCGUAGUAGAUUUAGAACAUGUUGCUAGCUGGCUAAAAUGCUUGCAAUGAAUGUACCAUAUUUGAGACGUUCUCCAAUAAUGUUUUUAACUGCACCAUUAACAGCCACACGUGUUUCACCAACCUUGCAUUUUACUCAAUAUACCAAGGUUGGACGGGUGAAGAAGCUGAAGCUAUCAGGCAACGGAACAACGGAGGCACCUUCUUCUCCAGUGUGUCCAGAACUGCUGGCCCGAAUCGCCAAAAACAAGCAAGCUGCUUUGGAGAAACUGUCCGCCAGUAACACACCGGAUGAAUUUGGGGAGAGUUGGAGAAAGAGUUUGGUCUCUGAGUUUGGAAAGCCUUAUUUCAUAAACUUGAUGUCUUUCGUUGAUGGAGAGAGGAAACUCAACACUGUCUACCCUCCCCCUCAGCAUGUUUUCACCUGGACACAGAUGUGUGACAUCAAAGAUGUCAAGGUUGUCGUCCUCGGUCAGGACCCAUAUCACGGUCCAAACCAAGCCCAUGGAUUAUGCUUCAGUGUGCAGAGACCUAUCCCACCUCCACCCAGCUUGUUGAAUAUGUACAAAGAAUUGGCGUCUGAUAUAGAGGGCUUCCAGCACCCUGGACAUGGAGAUUUAACUGGAUGGGCUAAACAAGGUGUUUUGCUGCUCAAUGCUGUGCUGACCGUCCGAGCUCACCAGGCCAACUCUCACAAAGACAAGGGCUGGGAAACUUUCACUGAUGCUGUGGUGCAGUGGCUCAGCUCCAACCGGGAGGGCCUCGUCUUCAUGCUGUGGGGGGCCUAUGCUCAGAAGAAGGGAGCAGCUAUUGACAGGAAACGUCACCAUGUCCUUCCCACUGUACACCCCUCCCCUUUAUCUGCUCAUCGAGGCUUCUUUGGAUGCAAGCACUUUUCCAAGACCAAUGAGUUGCUGGAGAAAUCAGGGAAGGAGCCCAUAGACUGGAAGGCACUUUGAGAUGUCCCACACAGCCUUAUUUUCAUGAUGGGGAUUCCAAAAUGCAACUAACUAGAUUCGUCACUACUGCUACCAAACCAUAAGCUUAUGGUAUUAUUUUUGUUAUCAAAUAUCUGGGUGACAUGUUUGUAAAUGUUUACUGCAGUGGGCAAGUUCAUACUAAUUUCCUUUAUUGGCAGAUUAUAGUUUUCACUCUGGUUUGCAGUUUGCACCCUUUUUUAAAAUGUAAUUGGAUUUGAUCUACAUUCAAGUUAAGUAAUACCUCAAGUAUCACUUUGUUAUGUCAAAACAUAGCAGUUAUAUCAAGGUUUCCCAAACUCAGUCCUGGCCCCACCUCUGGGUGCACAUUUUGGUUUUUGCCUUAGCACCACACAGCUGAUUCAAGUAAUCAAAGCUUGAUGAGCUGGUUAUUUGAAUCAGAUUUUUUUUUUAGGAAACCCAGGACUGGGUUUGUGAAACCCUGAGCUAAAUGUGGCUGGUCUGUAAAUAUGUAAUUAUUCUGUUCUUGAUUUUUAGUACAUUUUUUAUUAUGCUUUUCUACUUUAAAAAUAAACGUAUUGUUAUUCAA